CACGCCGUAGUUGCUGAUCCAUCAUGGCGUCCUCAGAUUCACAACCCCGAUUUGGUCAGUCUGUGAAAGGUCUUUUAUCGGAUAAAGUGGGCUCUUGCAGUGGAGAUGUUAUCGCCCUAACUCGUCAGGUUUUGAAAGGAUCACGCAGUCAAGAGCUACUUAGUCAGGCAGCCAGAAACAUGGUCAUUCAAGAAGAUGCCAUCCUACAUUCGGAAGAUAGCCUUAGGAAGAUGUCUAUUAUUACUACACAUCUGCAGUACCAACAAGAGGCCAUUCAGAAAAACAUGGAAAACUCAAGGAAUCUCCAGGACCAACUCAGACACUUAUUAAAAUGAAUAUGUAUGUACGAGGUCAUUCUUUCAUACUGUCUGAACUGCACUGUACAGCUCAAAUCAGUUCUGUUUUCAAGGUCUUGUACUGUAUGCCCUUCUGCUUACAGAUUUUUGUCCUGUGUUGCAGUCUGUAAUUGACACUUUUGUUUGACCAAGGGAAUAUUACUUUUAUACUAUUUCCUCUGUUUCAUGUGUCAUUGUCAAUUUGUUUACUUGUGAGUUAUACUGAUCGUUUUUAUUUGUGCCGUAUUUAUGUGUUGUAUUUCUUUCAUGAGCGUGUAUUACUGAAUGUUUGAUUUUGCAGAUGUGUGGCCUAUGGUUUGUCUUUGAAAGGUUCAUGCAGGUGUUUGUUUACUAGUUUGUUUAUUUUUGUCACUGUCAACAACAAGAAAAUGCUUUAUUGCAUAAUAUGUACACAGUUCUAAUACAGAUUGAAUUGCCAAUGUGGCAGAUGGUGCGUGGCUGGCUUUGAUGCUUAACUGCAAGGUAUGAAUAUGAUUACUGUUAGUUGUUAAUUUCCAAUGAUGAAUAAUGUGUGAGAUUUGGCAUUUUGAUUACAACAAGACCAUUUGUUUCAUAAAGGGCACAUUUUUAUUUUUAUUCAAGAAGCCUACCGUAUAAAGGCAGUUCUAAAUGACAAGUUUUUGUAUGCACAAUACAUAAAUAUGCACAAUGCAUGUUCAAUUGUGUUGUAGCGUGGAAAUAAAUAAAAUAAUGAACUAUAAAAACUGAA